AUGGCUUCGCUUUCUGAAGAACAACUUCGAAAAGAAUUUCGUCGUAUGGAUAAAGAUGGUGAUGGUAGUAUAACCGUUGAGGAAUUAAGACAAUAUUAUAAACCAAUGCAAGAAAUGCUUGGUGUUGCACCAGCACUAGUUGAACAAGAAAUUCAAGGUUUAAUUAAACGACUUGAUGUUGAUGAUAGUGGUACAAUUAGUUUUGAAGAAUUCAAAUUAUUUUGUGCAAAAAAUGAUGUCCGUUAA